AUGGAGGUCAUCAUGGGGGUUGUUAGGAAUGACAAUGUCACCAACACCUCUACCAGCUUCCUCUCUAUGCUCGACUCCCAUGGAAUCCCAGCGGCUCCCUUCCCACUCAACUUUAGCUAUGGGGACUAUGAUAUGCCCUUGGAUGAAGAUGAGGAUGUGACCAAUUCUCAGACUUUCUUUGCUGCCAAGAUCAUCAUUGGCAUGGCCCUGGUGGGCAUCAUGCUGGUCUGUGGCAUUGGCAACUUUGUCUUUAUCGCUGCCCUGGCCCGCUAUAAGAAGCUACGCAACCUCACCAACCUGCUUAUUGCCAACCUAGCCAUCUCUGAUUUCCUGGUGGCUGUCGUCUGCUGCCCCUUUGAGAUGGAUUACUAUGUGGUACGUCAGCUUUCCUGGAAGCAUGGCCACGUGCUGUGUGCCUUUGUCAAUUAUCUGCGCACUGUCUCUCUCUAUGUCUCCACCAAUGUCCUGCUGGCCAUUGCCAUCGACAGAUAUCUGGCCAUUGUACACCCGCUGAGACCACGGAUGAAGUAUCAGACCGCCACUGGGCUGAUUGCUUUGGUCUGGAUAGUAUCUAUCCUCAUUGCCAUCCCAUCAGCCUACUUCACGACUGAAACAGUCCUCAUCAUCACCAAGAGCCAGGAAAAGAUCUUCUGUGGCCAGAUCUGGUCCGUGGACCAGCAGAUCUACUACAAGUCCUACUUCCUCUUCAUCUUCAGCAUUGAGUUUGUGGGACCCGUAGUCACCAUGACUCUGUGUUAUGCCCGGAUCUCCCGGGAGCUCUGGUUCAAGGCUGUCCCUGGCUUUCAGACGGAGCAGAUCCAGAAGCGGCUACGAUGCCGCAGGAAGACGGUCCUGGUCCUCAUGUGCAUCCUCAUGGCCUAUGUGCUGUGCUGGGCACCCUUCUACGGCUUCACCAUCGUGCGUGACUUCUUCCCGAUCGUGUUUGUGAAGGAGAAACAUUACCUCACAGCCUUCUACGUCGUGGAAUGCAUCGCCAUGAGCAACAGCAUCAUCAACACCCUGUGCUUCGUGACCGUCAAGAAUAACACCAUCAAGUACUUGAAGAAAAUCAUAUUGCUCCACUGGAAGUCUUCUUACAAUGGGAACAAGUCGAGUGCAGACCUUGAUCUCAAAUCCACGGGUGUGCCUGCCACGGAAGAGGUGGAUUGCAUCAGAUUAAAAUAA